AUGCCCCGCGAUUUGGAGACGUCUACCGGUUCCGACAUCUUCAGGGGUAAGCCUCUGCUAUGGAUGACUUGCGCCUUCGGCUCGCUUGGAGACGCCUUGUUUGGCCAUGACCAAGGUAUCGUGGCCGGCCUCUUGGUCAACCCCGUAUUCCUUAAGAGGUUCUUCGUAGACUACGGAGGCGCCCAUGGCUCAAGCGACGACAUCAACCCCUCCAUCAUAGGUAUCCUCGUCGCAUGCCUACAAGUCUCCGCCGCCAUCGGCUCUAUCAUGGCUGGUAACAUUGGCGAUAUGAUUGAUUGGCAGAAAGACAUGCGAUUCAGUGUCGGUUUCCUGUCAAUGACCGUUCCUGUCAUCCAAACUGAAAUCGCCGCAACGCACCGCCGUAGCCUCAUGGUAGGUGUCGAGUACAUUUUCCUCAUCGGGGGAUACGCGCUGUCGACGUGGGUUGACUACGGCUUCUAUCACCUCGUUCCCAAGAGCGAGUCGUGUCAGGGACCUUACUUCAUCCAGAUGGGCCUCGCAUCCAUCCUCUUCGCCAUGUCCGUCAUUCUCCCGGAAACAACCCGCUGGCUCGCCCUAAACGGCUUUACGCAGGAGUGUAUACAGACUGUCGCCGACCUGCAUACGCCGGAUGGUGAUACGCGGGCUGAACACCUUCAGCAAGUUAUGCUCGAGAUCAGCGAAGCAGUGCGCUAUGAGAUGACUCUCGGACAAUCAUCGUUGAGAGAAAUGCUCACGCGUUAUCGAAAGCGGACCAUCGUCGGCAUCACUGCUCAAAUGUUUGCUCAGCUGAACGGGAUAAACGUCAUCUCGUUCUAUCUGCCUACAACCUUAGCCAAGGCCGGCAUGAGCCAGUCCAAGUUGCUGCUCUACACUGCUGCGAAUUCGAUCCCCUAUAUAGCUGCAACGACGCUGUCUUCGUAG